GGGAAUGUUAAAUGCUUGUUUGGCUGUCAGAAAACAAAAUAUCGAUACAUCAAAUAUAUUUAUCGAUUACUCGUAUUAAACAACGUUCACUGUGUAAAAACACAAGCGAAGGAAAUAUAACUUUAUACUGAAUAUUUUUAUUAUUAUUUCCACUAGUUUGCUUUAAUUUUAGACCGUAAAAAAUGGGUCGCAAUAGUUCUGACGAUGGAAGCGGCUCAGAAUCGGAAGGCAGUCAGAGCAGGUCUCCUUCCCCACAAACCGCCCCUACACCAGGAUAUACUUUGGAACACCACGAUACUGAACCAGGUUCACCGAACAGUCGUCAUUCAAGGGGUAGUGGUAGCGAUAGAAAAUCACGCUCGCGCUCACGCUCAUCUUCAAGUUCGGGCUCUCGAAGCAAUUCCGGUUCCCAUUCUGGAUCGCGUUCAGCAUCAGGUUCCCCGCACAGUAGGCGAUCCGGUUCUGCUCAAAGUAGGCAAAAUUCUGCUACAUCAGCAGUUAGCCGGGAGAAUUCUCCUGCUACCAAUAGUAUGCAUUCAGCUACAGGAAGUCCCACACAGUCGCCAGCGAGAAAUAGACAACAAACGCCUGUGGAAGGUCGUGGUCAAACUCCUAUUCAAGAAUCAUCCCCCAAGCGUAAUGCAGAAUCACCAGCUAACCAAACACCUAACGAUGAAGACACUCGGUCCCAGUCGCCUAAUUUGCAAAUAGAUGACCGUGCUAAUUCACGCUCACGCUCGCGCAGUCAAAGUCGUCGGUCUCAUUCUGGUACACCUCGUUCCAAAUCUGGGGGAUCUUCGCAUUCUGGGUCUCGUUCAAGGAGUGGAACAAGAUCACGUUCGGGGUCACGUGUACGAUCUGGCUCACGCUCUAGAUCAGGUACACCGACAUCACGAAAAUCUGGAAAAUCUGGUAGUGGAUCUGAAUCAGGUAGUGAUUUUGGUGCACGACAAAAGAAAAAGCAUGCAGCUGCAUCUAGUGGUUCCGAAUCGGAGGGUCCACAGAGAAAAAGAGGUAGUGGUGAAGAAAGCGAUGAAGGCGCCGGUUCAAAGGCUAAAAAAGCACGCAUAAUCGAUUCUGAGAGUGAGAAUGAAGAGCAAUCCCAAAAAAUUGAUGCAAAUGAUAUUUUCGGUGAUGCCGACGACAUCAGUUUAUCAGAAGAUGAUGGGGAAAAAUCGAAUGCUGGCUCACGAAAAAGUCGUUCCCGCACACGUUCACGUACUAAAUCAAAAUCCAGUUCACCCAGCGGCUCACGUCGCUCUGGUUCAGGUUCCAAAUCACGCUCUCGUUCUCGUUCACGCUCUUCGCGUUCACGUUCUCGUUCUCGUAGUCCUGCGCGAGUGGAGGACCAACCGCAAAAAGAAGAUGAGCCCGAGCCCAUUCCUGAAACACGCAUUGAUGUCGAAAUUCCACGUAUUGUAACGGAUCUUGGGAAAGAAAUACAUUUUGUAAAGCUUCCUAACUUCCUUUCGGUUGAUACGCGGCCAUUUGAUUCGGAGACUUAUGAAGAUGAAAUUGAUGAGGAGGAGACUAUGGACGAAGAAGGUCGGCAACGUAUUAAAUUGAAAGUCAGCAAUACUAUACGUUGGCGCGAGUAUAUGGCCAACAAUGGUGACAUGAUCAAGGAAUCAAAUGCACGAUUUGUACGCUGGUCAGAUGGUAGCAUGACUUUGCAUUUAGGCAAUGAAACCUUCGAUGUUUAUCGACAACCACUGCAUGGUGAUCACAACCAUAUGUUUAUUCGUCAAGGUACCGGUUUACAAGGACAAGCAGUGUUCCGUACCAAGCUCACCUUCCGACCACAUUCGACUGAAUCGUUUACUCACAAGAAGAUGACAAUGUCAUUGGCAGAUCGUUCACAAAAGACCAGUGGUAUUAAGAUUCUCACACAAGUCGGUAAAGAUCCCACCACCGAUCGUAAGUACAAUCUCAAGAAGGAGGAAGAAAAAUUACGUCAAGCAAUGCGCAUGCAGCACAAGCCUCAACCUAAGAAAAAGAAAGGCGGAGCGCUUGAUGCGCACGGAAGUGCAAAUUCAUCGUAUCACCACGACGAAGGAAGCGAUGAUGAAAACGCCAUUUCCCUUAGUGCCAUUAAAAAUAAGUAUAAAAAGGGUGGCAGCGGUGGCGGAGGUGGUGCGCCAUCUGUUACAUCAGAACAAAAAGGGUCAGCUAUCUACUCUUCAGAUGAAGAUGAUGGCUCAGACUUCGAGGGACGACGUAGUAAGAAAAAGGAUAAGUCGAAAUCGGUCAAAGCAUUGCGGGAUUCUGACAGCGAGUCGGAUGACGAUCAUGGUAGCGGAAAGGGAAGUGGUGGUGACAGUGAAAGUGGAGCCAGUGGCACUGGUGAUGAAGGUGGUGGCAGUAAUCACGACGCUGGCAGUGGUAGCGGCAGCGGCAGUGAGAAUGAGGAUUAAUUGUAAUUUCACAUUCUCACUAAAAUUAUUGUGUAAGACGUUGUGUUAAAAGGUAUUCUAUAAAUGAAUUCUUUGUAUAUCGUACUGGAGAUUACUCGAUAAGCGUGCGAUUAACGUAUAUAUUACCAAUAGAAAAAAUUAAAUAAAAAAUAAUAUCAGAA